AUGUAAACAAAAGCAAAAUAUGAUGAAUUUGAGAUUUAACAUUAUUUUGGUUGCAAAGAGGUAUAAGGAUGACUAUCUUUAAUAGUACAAAGUGAAAAUAGGCAAAAAUAAUCAAGGAUAAUACUUUUUGCUGAAUUUUUUCAAUGUCAGCGUGAGGGAUUAACUUUAAAAUUUAUAAAUUAUUCAAAACUUAGAGCAUCCUUCCAUUCUUAAGAUCAUCUAAAUUAGAAACGAAGGAAUCUACACGGUAUUGUUUAUUAUAAUGACAAUAAGAAAAAAAAUAGCACCAUGAUGAAUAGAUCAUGCGUUAUAUAUGAAUAUCCAAAGGGAGGGGAACUGUUUGAAUACUUAUUUUAAACAGGAAAAUUUCAUGAAGCCCAAGCCAGACACUAUUUUAAAUAACUUGUUGAUGGUAAUAUAAUUAAUAAUUUAAAGGAUUGGUUUCAAUUCACAAGUAAGGAUUAUAUCAUGGAGAGUUGACAGCAGAAGUCAUAUUUUUUGCUGAUGCCAAAACCAUUAAAAUCGGAGAGUUAGGACUGAAUUAGAUAAGAAAAAAAAAAUAUAGUAAAACUUUAUUACAAAGUAUAUAGCCUUUGAGACUCCAUCAUGGGCUAAAGAGAACAACAAUUAUGAAUAAAGCAAAGACAUAUUUGCACUAGGAAUGAUCUUGUUUAUAUUGAUGGUUGGAAGGCCACCAUUCUCCAACACUGAAAAGACAAAUCCAAAUUAUAUGGGAUUUCAAACUACACCCCAAUCGAUUUGGAAACAAAUGCAAUAGGAUAAUCAUAAUGUUGCUUUCACUGAUGACUUUAAGUUUUUAUCAUUUUUAAUUAUUUAUAUUAGGGACCUUAUUCAAGGAAUGUUAACAGAUAGUCCAAAAAAUAGACUCUCCUUGAGUGAAGUUUAUAAUCAUCCAUGGACUUAGUGCAAUUCUGAAUUCACAGAAGAGAUGGUUAGAGAAUUUUCUUCAAAGCAAAAAAAGAUUGAAUAAUGCAUUAUAAAAGAAACUUUAACUCGCUAAGUUAAUAAAGGAAAAAAUAUUAUUAACAACGAUAAAUCAAUAUGUAUAUAAUAAUAGUGAGUUUUAGUAUAAACAGGAGUAGGGUAGUUUAGAUCAGAUUCAUAAGAAUAAGAAUUUUAGGGGAUGGAGUAAAAUUAGAAUAUAGUUAUAAAAUUAAUACCUGUAUUCUUCUUUAAUGUUAUUUUAGCUUGAAUUAAUAAGAUCUGAUAGUUAUUUAAUCAAUAUAGAUCCAACUUUAUUCAUGAAUUUGCUGAGAAAAUAAUUAGAUUAUAAUGAAUAUGACCUAAAAAUUAAGAAAGAAUCAGAAAAAUAUGAGUUUAGUGUAAGUAUUCUUAGAUUAAUAUAGUUAAUAAUUUCUAGUGAAACAAAAGAUACAAUUCUGAAAGUUGAAAUAGCACAAUUAGAAACUAAGAAGAAUAUUAUAUGUGUGAACUUUAAGAGGUAGGAAGGAGAUUUCUUUGACUAUAUUGAAAAAAUUAAAAGAUUUCAUGAAUUAAUUGACCAAAUACAAUCAGAAGAGGAUUCCGACGAAAAAGAGAAAACUAUUUGAGAUAUUAUAUAUAAACAGAUAUGUUAAUCGUUUU